AUGAGGAGCUCCAGGGGACCAUGGGCAACAUGGAAGGACCUUCCUUCCUUGACGUGGAAAUCAUUAACAGGCAUUAGGCAUUACCAAUGUUCUGGUCUGCUCACAUCUACUGACUAUAACGCCUCCUCAAGUGAAGUCUCAUCAGAUUCUAUUUGCAGGUGCCCUUCUGGUUUUGGAGGGAAUCUUUGUGAUAUGGUCGCUUCAUCGGCUCCGCUGAAUUGUGGAAGAUCGAUUGAAGCUACGUCGACGCUAAUGCGACUCAGAGUUCGCAUGACUGUCGGUCCUGUCAGAAGGCAGUGUGUUUACCAUAUUCGAGUAGUUGACUAG